UUCCACAAUUUUCAAGUGACUGUCUAGGGAUUUUGGCGGCAUUAAGUUUGAACAGGCAAGCGCGACAACGUGAACAGCUGAUGCUCCACGGACACCGGCGAAAUGUCAAAAUCCAAGCAAAUUACUCUGAGAGUACAAUCGCCCGAAGGCACAAAAAGGGUUCAAGUGAAUCCUUCUGAUACGGUGGUUGCACUAUUCGAAAAGAUUUAUGAAGCCUUUAAUCUUCAGAGUUAUGGAUUCGGUUUAUUUAAGCAACGAAAUUACAAAGAUGAAAUUAUAUCUUCACGUAGUAAAACUGUCUCAGAUGUGGGCCUGUCUCAUGGAGACAUGGUCUAUUUUACAUUUCUUAACGGUAGGAUACCUUGGGAUGGUCCAUCGACAAGCAGUUGCUCCAAUAACAUCAGCACAGAUGUGACUCAAAUGGAAGCAAUCCCUAGUACCAGUCGAAAUUCUCAGGCUCAAAUAGUACCAAAUUCUUCUCGUUCUCUUACAACUGUUAUUGAGGAUGAAGUCGAUCAGCAACUGUGGAAACUGGAUGGAAAGAUACAACGUAAACGAGAUGAAAAAUUCUGUCGUCAUGGAUUAAACGCUUGCUGUGUUCAUUGCUCGCCCCUCGAACCUUUUGACGAAGUGUAUCUUACGGAACAAAAUGUAAAACAUAUCUCGUUCCACGGUUAUCUGAGAAAGUUAACUGCUGGCGUUGACAGGGGAAAAUUUGUACAGCUGGAAGACAUCAGCUGUCGCAUCAAAACAGGCUGCAAAGAUCAUCCUCCGUGGCCUCGAGGUUUUUGUAGCAAAUGCCAGCCUAACGCGAUUACUUUGAAUCGCCAACACUAUCGUCAUGUCGAUAACGUUGUUUUCGAAAACGCAGGCUUAGUAGAGCGUUUUCUGAAUUACUGGCGCACGACAGGACAUCAACGUGUUGGGUAUCUGUAUGGGAGGUACGAAAUAUACUCAGAUGUUCCUCUAGGAAUCAGAGCUGUAGUAGCAGCAAUCUACGAACCCCCACAGGAAAGUUCUAGAGACAAUGUAGUUCUCCUACCGGACGGAAAGGAAGCAUUAGUCGACCAGCUGGCUCGCUCGCUUAAUCUUCGACGAGUAGGCUGGAUAUUCACCGAUCUAAUUGCUGACGAUGUCAAGAAAGGAACUGUAAAACACGUGAGAAACAUAGAAAGUCACUUUUUGUCGGCACAAGAAUGCAUUAUGGCUGGCUACUUUCAAAAUCAACAUCCUAAUCCCUGUCGGUUUUCAGCUAGUGGUAACUUUGGCUCGAAAUUUGUAACAGUUUGUGUAACCGGGGAUAACAAAAAUCAGGUGCACAUGGAGGGGUACCAAGUUUCUAAUCAAUGCAUGGCGCUGGUACGCGAUGGUUGUCUGGUGCCUACGAAGGAUGCGCCUGAGCUCGGUUACGUGAUUGAAUCCACAGAUAAACAAUAUGUUCCAGACGUCUAUUAUAAGGAAAAAGAUUCAUAUGGCAAUGAAGUAUCCAGAUUAGCGAGACCACUGCCAGUCGAAUAUUUAUUAGUUGAUGUCCCUGCAUCUACUCCAUUGACACCUCAAUUCACUUUCUACGCUAGUGACAAUAUCACUCCUUUCCCUGUAGAACAUAGAAUGGUUGAUGGUCAAGUGCAAGAAUUCAAUUCACUCUGUGCAUACAUGCAACAAUUCAAUCCUGAUCAGUUUCCUGAAGCAAUUUCAGAUUUUCACUUACUGCUUUUCAUUGCUACAAUGGAUAUGCUGCCAAUGAAGGAUCACAUGGCACCUUUAUUGGAAGCGAUUCGUACCAACAACAGACAAAAAGCUAUAGAUUGGGCUCGUUCAGAACAUUGGGCGACAGUUGAGCAGUUGAUAUCUGCCACUGCUGCUUCUACAUCUCAUUCUGCGUCUGGAGUGAUAUUCGGAAACAAUAUCGCCUCCUCGUCUUCCUCGGGAAUUGGAGGAAUCGGCGUUGGAACAGGUCCAGUUAAUCAACAACCAGAGCAACCAUUGUGGACUUGUCCGCACUGUACUUUUUUGAAUCCUGGAGAAAUAUCUUCAUGUGAAAUGUGCAGUUUACCAAGAAUGACGAUGUAAUUUGUUAAGAGAGAACUUGGAAGAAGAAAUAAUAGCGCGAGGGUCGAUGUAUUUAUCGAUGACUGAUUGCACCUUCCAAUAUCAAGAACAUACCCACGUACAUUUUUAACAUGAGAAUUUCUAACAAAAUGCAAAAAAAGAAGUUUUAACUGUGAUACAGGAAUGCUUAACUUUUCAAGGGAUAUCAGAAUGACAAGAAUUGAAUGAUGUGACUAUAUUUCCAGAUAUGGCACGAUUUUACUGCGUGGGGAAACUAGAUCUAUUUUGUUGCUACCAAACUUUCAGAUUAAUUUUUUCGUUCAUAUACUGACUUAUAGUAACGAAGUCUACAACUUAUUACACCCCCUAUGUAGUUAACAAUAAAGAAAGUAAGGCAUUUUCAUA